AUGAAAGAUAGCCUCACAAGCAUCAAAUGCAAUUACAUUUCAUAUAUAUUAUUAAGGGUACUUUCAGACACAAGGCAAGCGCAGGUGAAUCGAGCGAUCGAGCAAACCAAGUCGCGACAAAUGGCUGCACCUAUUGCUCCACGAGCAUCAAGUAGACAGUCACAAAAUACACCCGGGCGAAGUGAGCUCAUUGAUGUAGGGAAAUUAAAUCAGCUGAUUAGAGCGCUGGACAAGACUUGGAUUCUUCCACGACUGGGCGCCAAGGAACCAGUCGGUAGCAAUUUUCAGGGUAAGAGAGAAAAGCUGUCAUUUCGUUGCCAAGAUGCCUCGGAUGCGGCCUACUGCCGACAAUCUGGCACAUUUGAGACCUUUCUAGCUAAAUACCGCAAAGACGGGUACAAGGCUAAGGCUUACAUUCAUCAGAUGAUUUCGAGGUGUUAUGCGACAGCAAUCUGCAACACACAGACGGGAAUUCUCAAUUCGACAAUUAUCGGUGAAGAAGAACCGGCAGAGACAACAACAAGGGUUCGCAUAGAAUUCCCAUGCUCAUAG